AAGUAGGGUUGUAACCUCCUCGUCGGAUGACUCGACUCGCGGCACUGGCGGCUGUGGUGGACUUUUUUGUUUGAUGUUCCGAACAAUAAAGGAAGUUGCUUCGGUUCGAGCUGGGUUUGGACCACCUUUCCAAGUACGACGCAACGACUUUGAACCAGAUGCUUCACGUCUUCUUCACCACUGUUCAUCCUUCCUGAUUCCAGCUGUACAGCAUAUAAGCCUGUUUCUUCCCCAGUGUACACCGUCCUGACAACUCGUUCAGAUCCGAACGUUGCAACUUGGAAUUCUCAAAUACGGCUCGAAGCUAGUACCUAACACGGCAAAAUCCCGUCGAAAAUGUUGGUAGCUGGCGGCAUGAUGAUGACAAUGCGGCCUGCCGCCCGUCUUUCCGUCUUGCAUCCGACCCUAUGCAAGGUGGCCGUUGCGGGCCCGGCCCCGUCGCACUCAGCCUACUCAAAAGUUUCCGUAGCGAUUAAAAAUGCGCAAUUCAGCUCCACUUCUCGCGCCAGCGCAAACGAGCGCAAACCGCCAUCGCUACUGUCUCUAGCAGACUUGUCGGUCGAGCAGAUCCAGUCCCUUAUCGACACUUCGGCCCAGUUCAAAUCCGCAGUCAAGUCUACUUCCCUCGCUCUCGAGGCUCCCGCUCGCUCAAAUGCAAGUGCUUCCUCCUCUCGAUCAACUGCAGCGGGAGCCUUACCGCAAAUACUGGAGGGGAAACAGAUCGCAGUCAUGUUCACUAAGCGCUCCACCCGUACUCGCGUCGCCAGCGAGACAAGCAUUGCAAGCCUGGGGGGGCACCCGAUCUUCCUCAGUCCGCAGGACAUUCAGCUAGGUGUCAACGAGAGCUUAUACGACACCGCCAAAGUCGUCAGCUCUAUGGUCGACGGGAUCAUGGCUCGGGUGGGAACUCAUGAGGAGAUUGAGACCCUUGCGGCCAACUCGAGCGUUCCAGUAGUAAAUGCACUUUCCGCGCGCUACCAUCCGACGCAAAUUCUUGCGGAUCUGCUCACUCUCGUCGAGCAUUUCCCUUCUCCUGGCGCAUUCUCUGCACAAUCCACUGCCGCACAAGGCACUUCCCUGCAAUCACUUGCAGGCCUCAAGGUUGCGUGGGUCGGUGACAGCAACAACAUUCUUAACGACAUGCUUGUGGCGUUGCCCCGUCUUGGCAUCAAUCUCGCCGUCGCAACACCCAAACCACAAGGCGCGAUGUACGCUCGCGACCAGGUUGUCUGGGCUACCAUGCAGGAUGGUCUCAGGCAGGUGCAGUCUGCCGGCGUCAAAGUGGGGCAGGUCGACUGGAGCCACGAUCCGCUGCAGGCCGUGCACGAUGCCGAUGUCAUCGUGACCGACACAUGGAUUUCGAUGGGUGAUGAGGCGUCUAAGGAGCAGCGUCUGCGCGAUUUCAAGGGUUUCCAAGUCACAGAACAGCUUGCACGCGCAGGUGGGGCAAAAGAGAACUGGAAGUUCAUGCACUGUCUUCCACGCAAGUCGCAAGAGGUCGACGAUGAGAUCUUCUACGGUCCUCGCAGCUUGGUCUUCCCCGAGGCAGAAAAUCGCAAGUGGACCAUCAUGGCCAUAUUUGAUCGUAUGUUCGGCCGCUGGGAGUUGUAAGAAACCAUGCACACAUUUUCUUGCCACAUUGCAGUGCAGGACGUGU